AUGCGCUUGGUGAAACUGAUGAACCAAGGAGCUGUUGAUGCUCCCUUCACCUGUCUCCCUUCAGCCACCAACCUGGGUUUGUGUUUCAAGUUUGCCCCCGAGGAGGGCAUCAUUGCAGCAGGUGGGAGCCAGGCUGUGCAGAUCUCCUUCAGUGCCACCGUGCUGGGGAGCUUUGAGGAGGAGUUCCAGUUCAGUGUGGCUGGAUCUCCUACGUCUGCCAUCCUGACCAUCAACCUUUCAUGUCCCCCCGGUACCCUGGAGGCCCAAGGCCACCUCUCAGAAUACCCAACCAGGAUGUGCAAUGCCAGCGAGACAAGGAUGAGUAAUGAGCUGCUGUUCGUCAGCAGGGACCUUUUCUGGCCCAUCUGUGAGAAGAGGGUUCUGGAAGUAGAGAACAUUUGUGUUUUCAAGUUCUCCAUAGUGCAGAAAGAGGAGGUGAAAGAGUUGCCCUCGGAGGUGUCCGGGGAAUCAGCCCCUCCUGCCCAGCGGGAUGGACCCCACACAGCAGCAGGUGUCUCUUUUGAAGCUGAGAAAUAUGCUGGUGUGCCCUGCAGGACACAGUCCAUGGAUGAAAUUGUGUUCGGAGAGACUGCCAGGGUUGGAGAAAUUCUUGCCAUCAGAGCAAAGGUGAACAUACAAGUCGAAGCCUGCAUGGAGGUUGGCAUAGAGGAGACAGUAGAGGAUGUUGUAACGAAUGAUGAAAAGAUUGUGAGUGUGACAUAUGCAACAUAUGAGGCCAAACCAGUUGGUGCUGAAAAGAUUGAGUAAAAACCCAUAGAGCUUCAGUCUCCAGAAGACCACCUGGAGUACUUCCUGGCUCUGGAGAGGAGCAUAAUCCAUAUGGGCUAUUUGGAGGUCUUUCAGAAGGUGAUGCAGGAGAGCAGUAAGGAAGAUCCUUCUGAAGAUGAACAGACCAUUUCAACCGAGCACACCUAUGUCCAGAGCAUGGAGCUUGUCCUGCCUUCGCACACAAGCCAUCAAGGGAACACCUCUGCUGGACAGAUAAUGGAUUGGAUACAGAUGGUGGCAAGCAUCUCAGCAAGCCGCCUCUGUUGGUCACAGCCAUUCCUAAAGGAAAUUAACAGGUUCGCAUUCUGGCGGCAGUCCAUUGAGUAUGACCGCCUGCUGUUCAAGGCCAGUGUCAACAACACUUUCCAGAGCAGUGUGGAGGUUGGUGUCUGUGUGGAGGCUUUCAGCGGUGAGGAGUGGGCCCAGGACUGCCCGCACCCGCGGCACAUCUGCAGUGCAUUCCUCAUUUUCUCUGCUUUGGAUGACAAAGGGGAGCCAUUCACCUUCCCCAGGGUCAGGCCCACUACUCAGGAUGAUGUGAGAAGAUUCUAUGGAGCUGUUGCCAGGAGGAGAGUUCUAUUCAACAGUAAAUGCAUCCUAGCUGCCAGAGGAGACAAGCCCUCUGAUGCCUGGGAGACGAGAAACCAGGCGUAUUUGAAUUACAAAAACAUUGCUGCGCUGACGCCUAUGGCAGAAAAAACAAGGUGGAACAUAGCCUUGGACAAGACUGAGGAUAAUAUAAAAGUCUUUACCCACGAGGAGGGUGAUACUCUGCCAGUUAAGGUGGAGAUGGAGGUGAAGGUCCCAUCCCACACGGCCGCCUCUCUACUGUCUGAUUUCAAGCUCUGCCCGAGCUGGGACAAGCACUUCCUGUCAUGUGAGGUCCUGCAGGAUGUGAAUGAGAGGGAAAAGAUUUACCACCUCAUCUCUGGCCCCACGGCAGGCCGCCAGCCCAAGGACUUUGUGAUUCUGGUAUCCCAAAGGGAGCCCUUCCAGCCACAGGAGCCCUACACGGUGGUGGUGAGGUCAGUGAUCCACAGGGCGAUGCCCCCACGCCCAGAGUACUCCAGGACUCAAGUCCUCUGUUCUGGAUUCCAGAUUCACAGCACCAGCACCAGCUCCUGCACUGUCUGUUACUUCCUUUGGUUACCAUCAGGAAUUACACCCUACCUAACUGCAGAUAAGGUUACUGACACAUCAAGCUCAGUCGAAGACACUGCGUUGGCCUGUAUCAGGUUCUUACAGGAGAAAUACAUGGAGAGAUGGAUCCCAGGAGUUCUGAAGGGACAUUCAAGCAGUCUGACGGAAUUCCCGCCCCCCGCCGGCACCCAGGCCCGCUCCGCGAUUCGAGCCAACCUCUGCACCGGGUCUGACGUCACCACCGUGCGCCUCCUGCGUCUCACUACGGUGGCCCUUUGGGGCUGCGCAGUUUUCCCCAGUUCGUUGCCCGUGUUUACCGCCCCCGCGCUGGUAUGUGACUCCCCCUUCGGGUUCUUGCGAGUUUUGCCCGUCGCGUGCGUCUCUGCUACCCUGCCGGCCGGGGCAGCCGCCCCCCCGGCGCUGCGCUGA